AUGGGGGAGUACAAGGCAGGAAGACAAAAUGAAACAAACAUGGUGGAAUUCAUCCUCCUUGGCUUCCCCGGGUCUGUGUAUUUACAGGUGUCCAUGUUCACCCUCUUUCUUAUUAUGUACAUCCUGACAGUUUUUGGAAAUGCAUCCAUUGUCAUACUGCUGAUAACUAACCGACGCCUCCAUACCCCCAUGUAUUUCUUCCUUUGCAAUCUUUCUUUCCUGGAAGUGUGGUAUACAACAGCUUCUAUUCCUAAGAUCCUUGCCAUCUUUCUGGGAAAGAGCAGAAGCAUCUCUUUCACUGCCUGUGUUCUGCAGCUGUAUUUUGUUUAUUCUUUGGGGACUACUGAACAGUUCCUGCUAUCUGUCAUGGCUUAUGACCGAUAUUUGGCCAUAUGCCACCCCUUGCACUACAAUACACUGAUGGACAUCAGUCUCUGUGGCAAGAUGGCAUUUGGUUCUUGGCUAUGUGCAUUCUUCAUUGUUUCCAUACCUGCCUUUCUGAUUUCAAAGUUGUCCUUCUGUGGUUCCAAUGUGAUCAACAACUUUUACUGCAGCAUUGAUUCUUGGAUAGCUCUGUCUUGUACAGACACCUAUCUCAUUGAGACAACCUGUUUUGUGAUAGCCAUCUUUGUUAGUAUUGGGUCAUGUCUGAUAACUUUCCUUUCCUACUUAUCCAUUAUCUCAACUAUCUUGCACAUCCCUUCCACCAAAGGACGACAAAAGGCCUUUUCCACAUGCUCCUCCCAUCUUGCCAUUUUGAUUCUUUGGUAUGGUUCCGCCAUCUUUCUAUUUGUUAAGCCUUCUAAACAAUCCUCUUUAGAAAUGACCAAAGUAGUGAAUGUUCUGAACACCAUUGUGACUCCGUUGCUGAACCCUUUCAUCUACACACUAAGAAAUAAAGAGGUUAAGGAUGCAGACAAACAGCUUUAUUGCAAAGGCUCGAGAUUCACAUUGACAACCUGUGUUACUCAACAGCCCCCUUCAAAGCAGACUGGGCCAUGCCAGUUAAGCUCUGCCAGUGACCUCCUAGAGCGUAACUCAUUUAGCAGUUGGGACCAUGUAAUGUAG